AUCUUUACUAGGCUCUCAAGCCCACUAAGCCAUAAAGUAAGGAUUAGAUUGCGUGCAUUUGUGUACUAUUUGAGGAGGAUAAAGUGACACACAUAUAGGAUUAUGCCCUGUGGUGUAAUGCUUUCAUGCUUUCAAGCUUUAUCUUCACAAUAACAAUGCUUAACUGCAACAAAAUGUGUGAUUUGCAGAACUAUGGUGUACACACAACCAUUGCUAACAGAGCAGCUCAGUAUAACAACAACAACAACAACAAAAAAUGGAGCAUCCUUUCCUUAGUGAAAACAUCAAGAGGGAUAGGGAAAAAUUAAAACUUAAAAAUUAAAACUUAAAAAUUAAAACCUACUGCAUAUGCACUUUUUUCCCCAUUCUGCUCACCAGACUGUGUGAAGGCAUACUAUAAGCGUGCCAAAGCAUAUGCUGCUGUCUGGAGUGAGAAGGAGGCAAAACGGGACUUCCUGAUGGUGGCCAACCUGGACAUGAGUCUGGCUAGGCUGGUUCAGAGAGAACUGAAGCUCCUCUCAGAAGCAAUGAAGGAGAAAUACUGGGAAGACAAAGAGAAAUACUGGAACAUAUUUGAGAAGAAAAAGAGGAAUGAGGAUGAAAAGAAUACUAAGGAUAAAAAAGAGGAAGGAUGUGCAGCAAAGCAAGAUGAAAACAUUUAUCUGAAUGAGAAAGUGCAGUGUUCUCAGCCAAAGGUCCAAGAGGAGCAGAAGUUUGAAAGUGCAGAGGCAAACACACAAAAUAGGCAAUUGGACGAACCGAAAUCAGAAGUUGAUCAGCAAAUUGCUGCUCCAAUGGAGGGUAUGGACCGGCAGCAGUUGUUAAGGCUGAUUAUGUUGCUCCAGGAUGAAGGGAAUUUCUAUAUUAAAGAGCAGCACUUUGCAGAGGCCAUGGUGAAAUUUAAAAAUGCCCUGGAGUAUGUAGACUAUCUUCAAAGCAAGGAGAUAGACUAUAAAGGAGAGGACUGGGAGUCCCUGGAGAAAGUACGCCUGCCACUCACCCUCAACCUGAGCCAGUGCAAGUUUGAGCUUGGAGAAUACCAAGAGGUGGUGAAACUCAACAGUCAACUACUAGAAAAUCAUAAAGACAACCAAAAAGCCAUCUAUCAGCGUGCUCGCGCCUAUGCAGCCCUGUACAACGAGGACAAAUCCAGACAGGAUUUCUUCAGAGCAGAGCACCUUGACCCCAAGCUCAAACCCAUUGUUGAGCAGGAACUAAAGAAGCUAGGUGAGAAUCUUCGGGCCAAGUAUGUGAAUGAGAACAAGAACUACUGGGCCAGCAGCCAAGAGAAAUGGGAAAAGAAGGCCCAAGCCAAGAGAGCCAACAAGAAAGUGUUGAAAUUGACUGACAAGAGAAAAGCCACCAAAGAGAGCUAUGAUGAAGGACAAGAAAUUAAGAUAGGCAUCUCUAAUAAAGGAGGGGAGAAUUCACUCAGCCAGGCAGGCAAUGAAAAAGGACAGGAUAUAAAGACAAACAUUUUGAAUAAAGAGAACACAAGCUCUCUGCCUCCAAAGGAGGGGAAAUAUUGAGCUUGUAGAUAAAGAGGGAUAUUCAGCAACAGCAAAGGUGGGGAAAGAAAAUAUAGACAGAACAACAAGGCUGGAGACAAUUAGUCAGAUUAAGGAAAACUCUCAUGCAACUGCACCAGAAAAAGCUGUUAAAAGUACAGGUUCCAAACAGAACACUGAUGACUCGAAUAGUACCAACCCCCAAAUGGAGCUGAUGAACACAGCAGAUGUUUGAACUAGGUGCUGCAGAGGACACAGGGGUUCUAUGUUCUGAAACACUGACACAACCCAAUGAUUGGCCUGAAUGUGGUGAGACCAAGAAAGGCAGAUAACACAGGUAACAAUACACAGAGGAAAACUGUAUCCUAAAGAUGCAUCCACUAUAGCUAGAGUCCAGAAAUUCUAAACACAAGUCAAAACGGUAGAAUGAACACAAGCAUAUUCCUAAAUUAAUUCAUAAACAUACAGAAAUCAGCCAUAACAUUAAACUCACUGAAAGGUAAAGUGAAUAACGUUGAUUAUCUCAUUACAAUAGUACCUGACAAGGGGUAGGAUAUAUUAGGCAGCAACAGUUGGUUCUCAAAGUUCAUGUGUUGGAAGCAGGAAAAAUGGGAAAGUGUAAGGAUCUGAGCGACUUUGACAAGGGGCAAAUUGUGGUUGGUAGACGACUGGGUCAGAGCAUCUCCAAAAUGGCUAUGCAAUGGUUAGUACCUACCAAAAGUGGUUCCAAGAAGGACAACCGGUGAACCAGUGACAGGAUCAUGGGCACCCAAGGCUCAUUGAUGUACGUUGAGAGUGAAGGCUAGCCAAUCUGGUCCAAUCCCACAGCACAAAUUGCUGAAAAAGUUAAUGCUGGCUAUGAUAGAAAGUUGUCAGAACACCGCAGCUUUCGGUGUAUGGGGCUGUGUAGCAUUUGUGGAAUGUGCUGGACAAACAAUUCCGAUCCACGGAGGCCCCACCUCUUAACUUACAUGACAUGAAGAACCUGCUGCUAACGUCUUGGUGCCAGAUACCACAGCAAGACCUCAGAGGUCUUGUGGAGUCCAUUUCUUGACAGGAUAGAGCUGUUUUGGUGGCACAGGGGAGAUCUACACAAUAUUAGGGAGGUGGUUUUAAUGUUAUGGGUGAUCGGUGUAUAUGCUCAGUCAUUUAAAGAACACACAGAACACACGGUGUAUAAGAAAUACAAAUUUAUUUCUCUGUUUACAAUGAGUAGAAAGCAGCCAGUCAUCCAUUCACUUUUUAAAAGUUUUUUGCAAAAACUAUAUUUUAUAAAUUAAUACUAGGCAAAAUGGAAGGUGUAUGUAAUAAUUUAAAAAAGUAAUAGUGAUAAACACAAACACAUACUGGGGAAAACUGACAGUAGAAUAUUUGGAGUUAUCAAGUUAACUUAUCUGCAGGAAACAACAUUGUAUUGAUGUAAUUAAUGCUACAGGUUCACAGAUUAAGCAAAUGUC